CUUUGCAUCCUCCGCGAGCUUCCGUGACUCUCUCAUGUCCUCUUCAGAUCCCCUCCUACCGAAAUCCACAACAAUGAUCACUCCCCGCCUUCUUUGGAAAAUGGGAGCAGCUUUUGCUGCAUUUGGCAUGCUCACUGGCGCCUUUGGGGCCCAUGGAUUGAAGAAGCUGCCCAAUAUUACAGCUGAUCAGAUUCAUGCCUUUGAGACAGCGUCGAGCUAUGCGAUUUACAACGGGUUAGGGCUUUUGGCCCUUUCGAUGCACCCCCGCUUCUCCACCCAUAAAUUUGCCGGACCUGCCAUAGCAGGCGGAACACUCAUCUUCUCCGGGUCUAUCAUGACACUGGUCUUAGUCCGCGAUAGGUUUCGAUUCCUUGGACCUAUCACUCCACUGGGUGGAAUGGCGAUGAUUGCAGGCUACCUUUCUUUGCUGUUCUAAGCACUCACAAGACCAUUUUCAACGGAUGACUCUGAAUUGCACAUUGGCUGACUGUGCUUUGGUACCCUGCCUUUCCGUGGGCGGGUAUACACAUAAAUGAUAUUUUGCACGAGCUUGCUGAGAGUUUGGUACAGUGCUAGUAGUCUAUCGUUUCGAACUACUAGUCAUACCACUCUAAUUGCCGUGACGAAAUCUAAUAUUAUACAUGUCACGUGCGCGACGCGUCGUUGACGUGUUAUCUCC